GCAUAAAAUUAUCAGUCACCACAACCACCACCGCCGUCCACCGUCAACAACACCAACACCAGCGCUACCGUACCGCUCUAAAUAUCGGACUUUUACCCGCCUCGUCUGCCCCUCCUCUUCUCCUCGUCCGUGAAAUAUCAGCUCUCUCGAUCACCAUUUUCGUCGUUCUCUCUCCCAAAACCUCACCAACUCUCCACUCAUAAUGGCGUCGGCGGCUCGGUUAUCAAUGAUGUCAGCGGCAAUGGCAUUGAGGCCCCUCCCUGCUGGAAUGGCGCCGCGCGCAUCGCGAUUCAUACUCCCCCGCCAGGCCCUGCGGCCUUCGAUCGAGCGACAGGCGCUCCAGGUUUCGAUGCGGAGAGCGUACGCUACAACGACCGGUCCCGUUGCGCCCGCUGCGAAGCCGCCCAAGAAGAAGUUUCGCUUUUUCAGGACCCUAUGGAGGGCUACAUAUCUGAGCGCUAUUCUCGGCGGAGGAUAUCUGGCGUAUAGCAUCUAUGAGACCCGAUUCCCCCACGAGCAGAUUGACCCCGGCCACACCAAGAAGACGCUCGUGAUCCUAGGAACCGGAUGGGGAAGCGUUGCUCUCCUCAAGAAGCUUGACACCGAAAACUACAAUGUCAUCGUCAUUUCGCCUCGCAACUUCUUCCUUUUCACGCCUCUGCUGCCCAGUUGUCCCACGGGCACGGUUGAGCACCGCAGCAUCAUGGAGCCCCUCCGCCACAUCAUCCGACAGAAGAAGGGGACCGUCAAGUUUUACGAAGCGGAAGCCACCAAGAUUGACCACGAGAAGCGCGUCAUUGUCGUGAAUGACAAUUCCGAUAUCAAGGGAACCGUCAACCAGACCGAGGUUCCGUUCGACUACCUGGUUGUUGGUGUAGGCGCCGAGAACGCUACAUUUGGUAUCCCCGGUGUCAAGGAGCAUGCAUGCUUUUUGAAGGAGAUUGGCGACUCGCAGAAAAUCCGCAAGAAGGUGAUGGACUGCAUCGAGACGGCCAUGUUCAAGGAUCAGACGCCGGAAGAGAAGGAGCGUCUUCUUCACAUGGUUGUUGUCGGAGGUGGACCCACAGGAGUUGAGUUCGCUGCGGAGCUCCAGGAUUUCUUCGAGGACGACCUGCGGAAGUGGGUGCCGGAUAUUUCCGAUGCUUUCCACGUUACUCUGGUUGAGGCAUUGCCGAACGUCCUCCCCAUGUUCAGCAAGACCCUGAUCGAGUACACCGAAAAGACCCUGAACGAGGAGAAGAUCUCGCUGCGGACCAAGACCAUGGUCAAGAAGGUGACGGACAAGCACAUCGAGGCGGAAGUGACCAAGCCCGAUGGCAGCAAGGAACUGCAGAUCCUCCCGUACGGCUGUCUUAUCUGGGCUACCGGAAACGCCGUCCGAUCGGUCAUUCGCGACCUGAUGGGCAGGAUCCCGGCUCAGAAGAACUCUCGCCGCGGUCUCGCCGUGAACGAGUACCUCGUUGUCGAGGGCACUGACGGAAUCUGGGCCCUUGGUGAUUGUAGCGCGACCAAGUACGCUCCCACCGCCCAGGUAGCCUCCCAGCAGGGAGCUUUCCUUGCCCGCCUGUUCAACAACAUGGCGAAGACCCAGGCUCUCGAGCAGGAGAUCGACCACCUGCAGGAAGUCAUCACAACCGAGGCGAAGACCUCAUCCGACAGGGACACCAUCGAGAAGGAGAUCGCGAAGAAGACCAAGGCAAUCCGCAAGGUCAAGCAGCUGUCGCCGUUCGAGUACACCCACCAGGGUUCGCUGGCGUACAUUGGAAUGGAGCGUGCUGUUGCCGACAUCAGCUGGUGGAACGGAAACCUUGCGUCCGGUGGUACCUGGACCUAUCUUUUCUGGCGAAGCGCCUACCUUUCCAUGUGCUUCUCCACCCGCAACCGCAUCUUGGUGUCCUUGGACUGGCUGAAAGUGAAGAUCUUCGGCCGUGAUGUGUCCCGGGAGUAAUCGAUAAUCGCCACGUAUUAGAGAUAUGAUCGUGGUCUGUAUAAGUCGAGUUCAUCGUCUCCGGCGCAGGGCGGUGGGUGGCGGUGUGAACGCGAAACGCAUUGUGGGCGGGGUGCCGUUUUAUACUCCAAUAGAUGGUUUUGGAUUUCGUUUCGUUUUGUGUUCUUGUUCUUUUGUUUGUUUAUUUGUAGACGCGGGCGGGGGCAGGCGGGGCAGGUUUUUCUUUUUCGUUUCUUCUCUUUCUGUUCUUUCCUUUUUUCACCGGGUUAGAUAUGGUACGGUACUGUAGAAACGGCGCUGGAGAGUGAAGAGGCAUACAAUAUAAGCUUUGAUACCAUUAAUGCUCGCU